AUGACGACAGCAGCGACGCGGGACGUCGAAGAAGCCGAAACCGAAGCAUUAGGACCAAGAACUACUAUGGCGGAAGAGCAAAUGAAGGCCACGACGGACAAUGCCGACCCUUCAGGAGGCUCGCUUCGCUUUACAAAAGGAAACUGGCUGCACUCUGUUUCCACCAGCAACCAACCUGAGCACCCUGAGAAUUCGCCUGGACUCUGGCACCGUUUCAAGCACGUCAAUUCGCGUUCCUUCCUCGCGUGGCUCCGCCCUCAGAUUACCUUCUAUCGAAUCCACUUCCUCUCCUUCGUUAUAGUUGACCUAAUCGCUGCUCUGAUCAUGAUCGCCACUCCGGCCGGCAGCCUCGGCAAAAUCUCCUUCAUAGACGCACUCUUUAACUGCACAUCCGCACUGACCGUAACAGGUCUUGCGUCCGUCCGUAUGAACGUGUUUUCCACAUUCGAUCAGGUGCUGCUGCUGCUGCUCAUGAUGGUCGGCAGUGCCAUUUUCACAUCCCUUGUCCCGGUCCUCAUCAGAAGACACUAUUUCCUGAAGCACCUGCGAGAGGAGGAAGCUAAGGGCGCGGUCCCACUGCUUUCGACGACAUCAGAUGUCAGGGAAAAGGCGGGCAGAAGCAACAGGAUUGGGCUUGCAAGGUCAGAGAGUGUGCUGACCCGAGGCGAGAACAACGACGCGUUUAUCCGGCACGCCAUGGAGAAAAUGGAGGCCGAGAGGCAGAGGGAAGCAGAGGAGUGGGAGAGAAUGAGGGAGAGGGAAAGGGUGGCCGCCGGUGGUGGGGAGGGAGGAGAGGCGGGGGAUGAGGAAAGCGGGUUUGGGAGAAACCCCCCUCUGACUCCUUUGCAGAGAAAGCUAUCCAGAGCGCUGACGACUGUGUCUCGGAUUUCAUCGGAACCUGUGGGGUAUGCUCACUCUGGCCGAGGCCACAUGCAGAGCCAUUUCAUGCAGAGCCAUAGCACGCAGAGCCAUGGCACGCAGAGCCAUGGCAUGCAGGGUGAUAGCAGCACGCGUCACAGCAUGCAGCACGGCAGCAUGCCGCACCAUGACUCUGCUGCUGCGGCCCCGUGUCUCCCCCGCGGUGGCUCCAAUGCGGUUCACAGCGUGGCGAGCGGGCGGAAUCGGCCGAGCACUGGGGGGAUUGCGGAGGAGCAUCCGGAGGAGUAUGGGGAGGAGGGGGGCGAGGGGGCAGGCCUGGCACGGGGGGAUUGGGAGCAGCCUGGGCAGGAGGAGGCAGUGGCACCUUUCGAGAGACGGUUCGUUGAGCUCAGGGCCCUGGAGCUGCUGAGCUGGCUGGUGCCUGUGUACUUCUUUGGCACCAUCCUUGCUGCCUUCAUUCUCUUCAUCUUCAUCACCUGGUGGUGGCCCGAAUACCACGAUCUCCUCACAGGAAAGGGCAUCAACGUUGUUUUCAACGCGGCCUUCCAGUCCGUCUCGGCCUUCGCCAAUGCAGGGUUUGGGCUGAUGGACGAAAACCUCAUCCCCUUUCAGCGCAACAUCCCCUACCUGCUGGUGGUGGCCGUGCUGAUCCUGGUGGGCAACACCAUGUACGCCCCCAUGCUCAGAGGGAUGCUGGCGCUGCUUCACAGCACCAGCAAGAAGGACAGCAGCCGGUGGCACAUAACGCAGUACCUGUUGGACCAUCCACGCAAGUGCUACACGCACCUGUUCCCACACAAGCAGACUCUCUGGCUGCUGCUCACAAUCGUCGCUUUCAACACCAUCCAAGCAUUUUUCAUUAUGGCCCUUGACUGGAACUCCCAGGCCUUUGAAGGGCUCGGAGGCGGGUUCCGUUUCUUUGACAGCUGGAUGCAGUCAAUAAGCACGCGCAACGCAGGGUACUCAAUCAUCAACCUCUCCUACCUCACAGCCGCCACCAACUUCCUCUUUUGUGGUUUCAUGUACGUGGCAGUCUACCCAGUCUUCCUCACCCGCCAAUCAUCGCGGGAACAGCGCGAUGUGCACGACUCGGAUGACUUGGCAGUCUUUGCAGAGGACCUGCAUGGGGGCGUGCUCGACUCCUCCGUGCUGGCGCAGGGCCGGCACCUCGUGGCGCAGGACUCGGUGUACCUCUUUGUGUCGGUCUUUCUUGUGUGCAUCAUCGAGAACAGCGACUUCAAUGCUGACCCCAACAACUGGACCGUCUUCAAAGUGAUCUUUGAGAUUAUCAGUGCCUACGGCAAUGUGGGUCUGUCUCUGGGAAACAGCUGCCCCACCAGCAACCCCAACUGCACGGAUGCGCCGCCCUACAGCUUCUCGGGCACGUGGUCAGUGCUCUCUAAGUUAAUUGUCAUCCUCGUGAUGCUGCUGGGGCGCCACAGAGGGCUACCGGACAACAUCGAUGCCGCCAUUGUCAUCCCGCCGCCCAAACAGUUCCAGCGCCAGCCUGCCCGACCAAUCACAGAGGAUCCCGCUGUCUUGCUCACGCGAGCGCUCACAAUGACCAAGUCUCAGCCCAGCUCUCUCAUGCGCCGCAUCUCCUCGCUGCAUGCUACUCGGUCAGCUGCUGGAGCCAUGCCAUCUUCUUCCGUGCCCUCCUCCGUCCCUUCAGAAGUGCCAUUCCAGGAACAACACGGAAAGCUGAAGAAACCGCGAAACCGAGGCCUUAGAACCGAGAAUCUCCAUGGCGGAAGAACAGAUUCAUGCCACGCCAGACACUGCAAACCCUUCAGGCGGAGGCAUUAUUUCCUGAAGCACCUGCGAGAGGAGGAAGCCAAGGGCGCGUUCCCAUUGAUGUCAACAAUGUCAGAUGUCGGGGAACAGGCUGGCAACAAUAGGGUUGAGCUUACAAGGUCAGAGAGUGUGCUGACCCGAGGCGAGAACAACGACGCGUUUUUCAUACACGCCAUAGAGAAAAUGGAGGCCCAGUCGCGGAGGGAAGCAGCGGAGUGGAAGAGAAUGGGGGAGAGGGAAAAGGAGGCCGGCAGUGGUGGGGAGGGUAGAGAGGCGGCGGGGGGUGAGGAAGGGGGGUCAGAGACCUACCCCCCGCUGACUCAUCUACAGAGGAAGCUGUCCCGAGCGCUGACCACUGUGUCUCGGAUUUCGUUUGAGCCUGCAGGGCAUGUCCUCACUGACAGGGCCCACAUGCGUAGCCGUAGCAUGCAUGGCCAUGGCACACGUCAGGACAUGCCGCAUGAUGACAACAUGCAAGCUCACAGCACGCAGCGCAGCAGCAUGGAGCGCAGCAGCAUGCACAGCAGCAUGCAGCACCAUGGCUCUGCAGCCACCUCUCUCACCCGGGAUGCUCCCAGUGCUGCUCACAGCAUGGCGGGCGGCGGAGGGUUUCUGGAGCAUCCGCAGAGACACGGGGAGGAGGGGGGCGAGGGGACAGCAGGGAGCGACCGGGAGCAAACCGGGCAGGAUGAGACAGUGUCACCUUUUGAGAGACGGUUCGUUGAGCUCAGGGCACUGGAGCUGCUGAGCUGGCUGGUGCCGGCGUUUUACUUCGGAACCAUCUUUGCUGCCUUCAUCCUCUUCAUCCUCAUCACCUGGUGGUGGCCCGAAUACCACGAUCUCCUCACAAGCAAGGGCAUCAACGUCGUCUUCAACUCGGCCUUCCAGUCUGCUUCUGCAUUUUCCAAUUCCGGGAUUAGCUUGUUGGAUGCGAACCUGAUUCCGUUCCAGCAAAACAUCCCGUACUUGCUGGUGGUGGGGGUGUUGAUCCUAGUAGGCAACACCAUGUACGCCCCCUCGCUCAGAGGGGUGCUGGCGCUGCUGCACUCCACUAGCAAGAAGGACAGCAGCCGAUGGCACAUAACCAAGUAUCUAUUGGACCAUCCGCGCAAGUGCUACACGCAGCUCUUCCCACACAAGCAGACGCUCUGGCUGCUGCUCACAAUUGUCGCAUUCACCUCCAUCCAGGCCUUCUUCCUCAUGCUGCUCGACUGGAACUCACAGGCCUUUGCUGGGCUCGCAGGUGGCUACCGUUUCUUUGACAGCUGCAUGCAGUCAGUGAGCACGCGCAGUGCAGGCUACACCAUCAUCAACCUCUUCUACCUCUCUGCCGCCUCCGACUUCCUCUUUGUCGGCUUCAUGUACGUGGCAGUCUACCCGGUGUUCCUCACGCGCCAGUCAUCCCGCGAGCAGCGGGACAUUCAAGACACGGACGACAUUGCCGUCUUUGCAGAGGACAUGCACAGCGGUGUGCUUGACUCCUCCGUGCUGGCGCAGGGCCGGCACCUCGUGGCGCAGGACUCGGUGUACAUAUUCGUCUCCAUCUUGCUCGUCUGCGCCAUCCAGAAUAAUGACUUCAGUUCAGACCAGGCCAACUGGACCGUCUUCAAAGUCAUCUUUGAGAUCAUCAGCGCCUAUGGCAACGUGGGACUGUCUCUGGGAAACAGCUGCCCCACCAGCAACCCCAACUGCACAGAUGCUCCGCCCUACAGCUUCUCAGGCACGUGGUCAGUGCUCUCUAAGUUAAUAGUCAUCCUCGUGAUGCUGCUCGGGCGGCACAGAGGGUUACCAGACAACAUCGAUGCCGCAAUCUUCAUUCCACCGCCCAAGCAGUUCCAGCGCCGGCCCGCCCAGCCAAUCAAAGAGGAACCCGCUGUGCUGCUCACACGAGCGCUCACAAUGACAAAGUCUCAGCCCGGCUCUCUCAUGCACCGCAUCUCCUCGCUGCAUGCUUCCCAGCCAACUGCUGGACCCAUGCCAUUUUCUUCAGUGCGUUCCUCCAUCCCUUGA